CUUCACAUGUUCUUUCAGAGAUUGUAAAAUGGCUUACAUAAAAGGGUUGGCUUGCAAAUACAGGUCAUAAAAAUUCCUAACUACAUGAAAAUACCUUAUUUCAAAAGAGAGGUUGAACUUACUUGUCUAAUCAUUCCAAAAUUGAAGAUUGUUACCAUUCUGUCAAAUAGCUCUGACCAUUUUACCUACUUGCUUUGAUCAACUCAAGUUAUAUUUUAACUUCAAGAUCAAUUGUUUCCUUGAAUAUAAGCACAAGAAAUUGACAGAGGUCAACAUAGUUUGAUGGACGCUGUGCUGUUAGUCAGGAUGACUUGGAAAUGGAUUUCAGUUCUACUGCUACUGCAGUUGAGUUAUUACUUUAACUCUGGAAGCUGUGGGAAAGUACUGGUGUGGCCUAUGGAAUAUAGCCACUGGAUGAAUAUGAAGGUAAUACUGGACAAACUAAUUGUGAAGGGUCAUCAAGUCACAGUUGUGAGACCAUCAUCUGCUAUUUUUGUUGACAGCAAUGAAGCAUCCAGCAUUAAAUUUGAAACUUUCCCUUCAUCUUCUAAUACUGAUGAAUUCUCCGCAGUAUUCUCACAAAUGAUCUCUUUGGUGACAUAUGAAUUGCCAAGAACAACAUGUUUGGCAUAUUCACCAUUAUUGGAGAAUGUAUUUAUGAUGUAUUCUGAUGUUAUGCUAAAUAUUUGUAAAGAAGCAUCUCUGAACAAGGAACUGAUAACUAGGCUACGAAAAGCAAGAUUUGAUGUUGUGAUUGCAGAUGGCAUCGGUCCUUGUGGGGAGCUUCUGGCUGAGCUAUUGGAGAUUCCUUUUGUGUACACUCUCCGCUUCCUUCCUGGCUAUACAACCGAAAAGUAUAGUGGAGGGCUUCUAUUCCCUCCCUCUUAUGUGCCUGUCAUUCUGUCAGGAUUAAGUGGUCAGAUGACAUUCAUGGAGAGGGUAGAAAACAUGAUAUGCAUGCUUUAUUUUGAUUUUUGGUUCGAGGCAUUUGAUUCAAAGAAGUGGAGUAGCUUUUACAGUGAAGUUUUAGGACGACCCACUACCUUAAUGGAGACCAUGAGUAAAGCAGAAAUCUGGCUUAUUCGAUCUUACUGGGACUUGGAAUUCCCUCGCCCAACUUUACCAAAUGUUGACUUUGUUGGAGGACUCCACUGCAAACCUGCAAAACCCUUGCCUAAGGAAAUGGAAGACUUUGUGCAGAGCUCUGGGGACAAUGGUGUGGUGGUGUUUUCCCUGGGGUCAAUGGUCAGUAACAUAACAGAGGAGACAGCCAAUGAGAUUGCAUCAGCACUGGCGCAAGUUCCACAAAAGAUUCUUUGGAGAUUUAGUGGCAAAAAACCAGACACCUUAGGACCAAAUACUCGGCUGUACAAGUGGCUUCCCCAGAAUGACCUCCUCGGCCAUCCCAAAACAAAAGCUUUCAUCACUCAUGGUGGAGCUAACGGCAUCUAUGAGGCGAUCCAUCAUGGGAUUCCCAUGGUGGGCAUUCCUUUGUUUGGGGAACAACAUGAUAACAUUGCUCACAUGGUGGCCAAAGGAGCAGCUGUUCAACUGGAUAUAAGAGCAAUAUCAAGGAAAGACUUGCUCAGAGCACUGGAAGAAGUCCUUAACAACCCUGUCUACAAAAAGAAUGCUAUGUGGUUGUCAACCAUUCACCAUGAUCAGCCUAUGAAGCCCCUGGAUCGAGCUGUCUUCUGGAUUGAAUAUGUCAUGCGCCACAAAGGAGCCAAGCAUCUGAGGCCACUUUCCCACAACCUCGCCUGGUACCAGUACCACUCUCUGGAUGUCAUUGGAUUCUUACUGACCUGUGUGGCCACUGUUGCUUUCCUUGUCUUAAAAUGUUGCUUGCUUGUUUACCAAAAGGUUUUUAAGAUGGGCAAGAAGAGAAAGAGGGAGUAGAGCUUUCAACAACUCAGGGAAUGGACUAAAAGCCUGCUAAGGAAGAACAUCCUAGUGAUUUUUAGCACAAUCAAGCUGGGAGGGAUUCUCUUCCACAUUUUACUUAAACCUAUGCCUUUUGUAUUUUCAAAUGGAUCUUACUCUUGAUUAAAAAUGAAGCAAUGUA